GUGAGCACAAUAACAAAACCGGGAGGGUUACAUUUUUGCAGCAUAUUUUCACGGACCCUUACAUUACUAAUUCUAACCUGGUUGGAUCAGUAAAUGAAAUUGCGAUUUGAUGGUACAAAUUGUUUAUAUACGAGCAUUGAGCGUUUAUUUGGCUGCAUAUUGUCCCUUUUGAAGACCCGUAGACAAUUCCUGAAACUGGUUUCCGUUUAAAAAUGGCGGAAGCACCUCCAUGGCCCUGCAGGUUUUUCUGUCAUAUAUGCUCAGCAGAGAUUAGUCCUCGUCUACCAGAUUACACAUGCCCACGAUGUGAGUCAGGCUUUAUUGAAGAACUAUUGGGGGAGAGGAGUGCAGACAACGGCUCCGCGCCCUCCAUUUCCACUGGGGACCAGAACCAGCAGCCAUUUCAGAAUGUGGACCACCAGCACAUGUUUACAUUCCCAUCCGGUUACGGCCAGUUUGCUCUGGGGGUCUUUGACGACGGCUUCGAUACGGGAGCCGGCCUCGGAGCGGAGGACAACCGGGACGCGGAAAACCGCCAGGAAAGGGAGAUGGGUUCACGGCAGCGAUACGGUGCUAGGCAACCGAGGGGUCGUCAUGGCGCCCGGCGGCAACCUGGGAGGCAUGAGGGCGUGCCGACUUUAGAGGGAAUCAUCCAGCAGCUUGUGAACGGAAUAAUUGCACCGACUGCAAUGCCAAAUAUAGGAAUUGGACCCUGGGGUGUAUUGCACUCAAAUCCUAUGGAUUAUGCCUGGGGGGCCAACGGACUAGAUGCUAUAAUAACACAGUUGUUGAACCAAUUUGAGAACACGGGACCACCACCUGCAGACAUCGAUAAGAUAAAGAGCCUCCCCACAGUACAGGUCACAGAGGAACACGUCGCAUUAUCUCUAGAAUGUCCGGUGUGUAAAGAAGAUUACAGUGUUGGAGAAAAUGUCAGACAGCUUCCAUGCAAUCAUAUGUUCCACAAUGAUUGCAUAAUACCCUGGCUUGAGCAGCAUGACACUUGUCCGGUGUGCCGGAAAAGCUUGAGCGGUCAAAACACGGCCACAAACCCUCCAGACCUAUCAGGAAUGAACUUUACCGGCCCAUCCGCCUCCUCCACGCCUUCAUCUGCGAGCUCAACGAGCAACGAGCCGCCUGCAGAUCAAUUGUAAAACACAAAAAAGAAACACUCGACCAUCACGCCUACUGAGCCCUUCAACACUUUUAGGCAGUCUCACACCUCUCUCUGGGUCGUUGUGCUCAAUGGCGACCCCUUGACCUCAGCAGUGCCCCUUCCUAGUCUAAGAUGGAGGAAUUGACCAGAACGUUUUCCUCCUGAAAGGCACUCAAUCAAAGAUCGAGGCAGGAGCAGUGUGGUACUCCUGGCCAUCAGGACCGGGCUCCCAGGGAGCAGCUUGGAUUGUGUUGGGCUUCCUGCCUGGUAGGACAAUUAUCCCACGGUGGAUUGAACUAGACCAGGGAAAAAUGUAUAAAUCCAAAGUAGGAGAAAUUGUCAUGUGAGGACAAACCUUCUGUUAUUUCCCUUUAGAGUGGUUGACUUGACAGAGGCAUUUAUUUUCUAUAGCCUUCAUAUCAGAACUUAAACUAAAUGAUCUGUUUAAGGUUUGGGAAACGCAUUCAAGUUCAGUCUUUUUGUUUAUAAGACGUCAAAAUAUCUGUUCUCCCAGCAAAUUUUAAUCCCCUUAAUGAUUUCAGCUUUCAACUGUGGUUUAGUUAAUGUUAGUUUAGCAGUGGAUGGUUACAUAUUUUUUGCACUCGUAUGAUGUGAAUCUAUGCAGUGACUUUGUUCGAUUUGAAUAAUGAUCACUGAUACUCAUAAUAAAUAGCCACUUAUAAAGGGAUGUUUUUAUUCAUAGUAUGUUAUUCAGGGCCCAAAUGCGUCUCUGCAUUUGCCUUUUUUAACUUGAAUUUGAGCAGAAAUCUCCUGAUGACAAUUUGUCUACAGAUUAUGUGUAAAAGAAUAAAUGCACAAAAUGAUCUGAUGUGUUGGUGUAUGUAUGUGGGUGCUAUCACUCAACGUCAAUGACUUGUCUUACUGCGUGACCUUUAGUGAAAAGUCUACUAAACGUUGGUAGCUGGAGUGAAAACAUUGGCCUGGUAACCAUUUUAUAUUUUCUAACGCUGCACUUCUGACCAAUAAAUCGUAGUUAUUAGUUAAUUACUAGGGCAACUAAUAUGCCUUCUUAAAUGGAUGGGAUUUUUAAAGGUGUAUUUAAAAAG